CUACGUUAAUGAACCAAAUAGAUAUGCUAAUGGUAGAUGUCAUUAUAUAAUAGCCAUUCUCAUUGUAGCCCUAUGUCCAAUAGUAGCGGGGGUGGAAUGACCGGUGUCGCAAUACCGUUAUAUCAAACUUUUUUUUUUCCACUUGUCAGUGAAGGUUGACUGAAGGCAAUGCUGCAUGCUGUUUGAAGAAAGACCUACUUUUUCGUUUUCAUCAUUUGUUUUAAACACUGCAAUUUACUUUAUAGCACUUGUUCCAUAAUAUUUCCCCUCGUUACUCCGAAGAGCGAAAUAAAAAUCAGACUGAGAGAAAUGACGGAGGCUCAGGCCUUUGUGACCCUGGCCACUACAGAUGCCUAUUGCAUGGGAUGUAUAGUGGUAGGCAAAAGUUUGCGCAGACAUGGAACAUCAAGGAAGUUAGUGGUCAUGGUUUCCCCCAAUGUUUCUAGGGUAGGAAGAUUGGCCCUGGAGGACGUGUUUGAUGAAGUUGUUGUGGUAGAUGUGUUGGACAGUAGAGACAAGGCACAUCUCACCUGGCUGGGACGUCCUGAACUAGGGGUCACCUUCACCAAACUCCAAUGCUGGACCCUUACACAGUUCAGCAAGUGUGUGUUCUUGGAUGCAGACACACUUGUACUGUGUAAUGUUGAUGAGCUGUUUGAAUAUGAAGAAUUGUCUGCUGCACCUGAUCCAGCCUGGCCGGAUUGCUUCAACUCUGGGGUAUUUGUGUUCAGGCCCUCACUGAAUACCCAUACCCAAAUACUGGAACACGCCGCACAACACGGCAGCUUUGAUGGAGGAGACCAGGGUGUUUUAAACACUUUCUUCAGUGACUGGGCAGUAAAAGAUAUCAGGAAGCAUUUACCAUUUGUGUACAACCUCACUGCCAGUGCUGUCUACACUUUUCUGCCUGCAUUUCAGCAGUAUGGCCACCAUGCAAAAAUCAUCCACUUCUUGGGUGGGAUCAAGCCCUGGCAUCAUUCAUAUAAUCAACAGGCUGCCAGUGAGUCAUCUUUUAGGGAUUCCAGCAAGAACUUUGCACAAUUUAUGCAUUUAUGGUGGGCGGAGUACAACAGUCAAAACCAGCUACAAGUUAAGAAGGAUGACAAGAAUGAAGACUAUUCAGUGCAGCAGUUGGAUUCUUCACAGACACAUCCAACUCCAACACAAAGCCAAAAGAGCAGCAUUGAAGCCCUCCACAGAGAGACGAGACUCUCUUCACCUCUCCAAGAUCUGACUUUGGACUUACUGAAAAUCAGCUCAUCUAAAAAAUCUGAGGAAAUGCUAUGUGAUAGUUUGAGCUGUCCUUCCAAAGAAAUGAAGGAUAUUCUCUUUGAUGUCUUAUCUGGUGGGGAGACUGAAGAGACCCCUAUAGUCAGCCCUCCAUCUGCAAAGACUGAACACAAAGAUCCAGAGACUGCUGAUGAUUCUGCCGUAGGCACUGGAAAAGCUAUCACUUCUGAGACAGAGGAGGAAGACUUGGAGCGCCGGCGCAUGUGGGAGGAAGGUCACGUUGAUUAUAUGGGCAAAGAUGCCUUUGACAACAUCAAGAGAAAACUUGACCUAUUCCUUGAGUAAUUCUCUCUCUCUCUCUCUCUCUCUCUCUCUCUCUCUCUCUCUCUGUGUACAGUAUGUAUGUGUGUGCGCACAGGUUUACUUUACAUUGUGAGGACCAAAUGUCCCCACAAGGGUAGUAAAACGUGAAAUCACCUACAUUGAGAGGACUAUAGCCAGUGAAAGAAAUUGAUUAAUGAACCUACGUACCUAUGUUUGUUUUUGUUUUUUUAGAAAAUGUAAAAUAGCAGACAGUUUUCUGUGAUGGGGGGUAAGGUUAGUGUAAGGGUUUAGAAUACAGUUUGUGCAGUAUAAAAAUCAUUAUGCCUAUGGAGAAUCCCCACAAAGAUAACAAAACUGUGUGUGUGUGUGCUGGAUGUGUGUUUUUGACACACAACUAUUACAUUUUCAACUGUUACAUUUUCACCUCCUCUAAUAUCUUUUACCUCUGUAGUAUAUUUGCCACAAUCACUGUGGAUCAUACAAAAAUAUUGUGAAAAUGUCUUGCAUAUAAAUGUAACUUGUUAAACUGAACCUAGUAUUUGAAUUUCUGUACUAUGAGACUACAUUAUGUGAUAUAGGGCCUAUCUUUAUGAUUUAGCAUAUGUUGUGAUCUUUUGUUGGCAGUUUUAUUAAAAUAUGUACUGUACAUAAAUCCCAUUCUCUA